AUGCAUCCCUCCCCGCGGAGACCGGCCGCUGCCACCUCCAACCCUGCCAUGCUACUGCUGCUCCUGUGCCUGGGCUGGGCGCCGCCGGGCUGGGGCUGGCCGCGGGGCAGCUCCCGGGGGGCGGCCGGGCUGCCCCCCAACGCCACCACGCCGAUCUCCAUCAUGGGCUUGAUGCCGCUCAGCCAGUCCGAGGAGGACCAGAAGAGCAGGAUCGGCCGGGGAGUGCUGCCCGCCGUGCAGCUGGCCAUGGAUCAGAUCCGCAACGAGUCCCUGCUCAACCCCUAUUUCCUGGACCUGCGGCUCUACGACACGGAGUGUGACAAUGCAAAAGGACUCAAAGCCUUCUAUGAUGCAAUAAAAUAUGGACCUAAUCAUCUGAUGGUAUUUGGUGGUGUAUGUGCAACAGUUACUUCUAUCAUUGCUGAAUCUCUAAAGGGAUGGAAUUUGGUUCAGCUUUCAUUUGCAGCAACAACUCCAGAGUUGGCUGAUAAGAAAAAAUAUCCUUAUUUCUUCCGGACAGUGCCAUCUGAUAAUGCAGUGAAUCCAGCAAUUUUGAAGUUACUCAAACAUUAUCAUUGGAAGAGAGUAGGAACUUUAACCCAGGAUGUACAAAGGUUCUCUGAGGUGAGGAAUGAUCUGACUGGAGUCCUUUAUGGUGAAGACAUCGAGAUUUCAGAUACUGAGAGUUUUUCCAAUGAUCCCUGCACAAGUGUAAAGAAGCUUAAGGGCAAUGACGUUCGGAUAAUCCUUGGCCAGUUUGAUGAGGAAAUGGCUGUGAAAGUUUUCUGCUGUGCUUAUGAUGAAGAAAUGUAUGGCAGCAAAUAUCAGUGGAUUAUUCCAGGGUGGUACGAAAAUCUUUGGUGGGAAUCCUGGAUUAAUUCCACACAGUGUCUCAGCAAAAAUCUUCUUGCAGCCAUGGAAGGUUAUAUUGGAGUGGAUUUUGAGCCUCUCAGCUCAAAAACGAAUAAGACUAUAUCAGGAAGGACUCCACAGCAGUAUGAAAAGGAAUACAAUGCUAAACGUGGUGAUGGACAAUCCAGCAAAUUUCAUGGUUAUGCCUAUGACGGAAUAUGGGUGAUUGCCAGGACCCUACAGCGGGCAAUGAAUUAUCUGAAUUCCACCAACAAGCACCAAAAAAUUGAAGAUUUUAACUACACAAAUCACAAACUCGGCAAAAUUUUUCUGAACGCUAUGAAUGAAACCAGGUUCUUUGGAGUAACGGGUGAAGUUGUUUUCAGAAAUGGAGAGAGGAUGGGAACCAUCAAAUUUACACAAUUCCAAGAACAAAAGGAAGUAAAGGUGGGAGAAUACAAUGCUGUGGAUGACAAAUUGGUAAUAAUCAACAACAGCAUCAGGUUCCAAGGACUUGAGCCUCCGAAGGACAAAACAAUUAUACAAGAGGAGCUGCGCAAAAUCUCCCUGCCUCUCUACAGCAUCCUUUCUGCCCUCACAAUCCUAGGAAUGAUAAUGGCCAGUGCUUUCUUGUUCUUUAAUAUCAAAAACAGAAAUCAGAAACUAAUAAAGAUGUCCAGUCCCUACAUGAACAACCUUAUUAUCCUUGGAGGGAUGCUUUCUUAUGCAUCUAUUUUUCUUUUUGGUCUUGAUGGAUCCUUUGUCUCCGAAAAGACAUUUGAGACACUUUGCACAGUCCGAACAUGGAUUCUUACAGUGGGAUACACAACUGCAUUUGGAGCAAUGUUUGCAAAAACGUGGAGAGUCCAUGCAAUUUUCAAAAAUGUAAAAAUGAAGAAAAAGAUCAUUAAAGACCAGAAGCUACUGGGGAUAGUUGGAGGGAUGCUACUGAUUGAUCUUUGCAUCCUGAUUUGCUGGCAGGUUGUGGAUCCUUUGAGGAGGACAGUGGAAAAGUAUAACAUGGAGCCGGACCCUGCGGGCAGAGAUAUCUCCAUCCGACCAAUCUUGGAGCACUGCGAGAACACCCACAUGACCAUUUGGCUUGGGAUUGUCUAUGCUUAUAAAGGGCUGCUGAUGUUAUUUGGGUGUUUUCUCGCAUGGGAGACACGAAAUGUCAGCAUUCCUGCUUUGAAUGACAGCAAGUACAUCGGAAUGAGUGUAUACAACGUGGGGAUAAUGUGCAUUAUCGGUGCUGCUGUCUCGUUCCUUACUCGGGACCAGCCCAAUGUUCAGUUCUGCAUCGUUGCUUUAGUCAUAAUAUUCUGCAGCACCAUUACUCUCUGCCUUGUGUUUGUACCUAAGCUCAUCACACUGCGAACAAAUCCAGAUGCAGCCACACAGAACAGACGGUUUCAGUUCACUCAAAAUCAAAAGAAAGAAGAUUCAAAAACGUCAACAUCAGUCACCAGCGUCAAUCAGGCCAGCACAUCUCGACUAGAAGGAUUGCAGUCAGAGAACCACCGCUUGAGAAUGAAGAUUACAGAGCUGGACAAAGACUUGGAAGAGGUCACAAUGCAACUUCAGGACACUCCUGAGAAAACAACAUACAUUAAGCAGAACCACUAUCAGGACCUCAAUGACAUUCUUAGUAUACGGAACUUCACAGACAGCAAAGAUGGUGAGAAAGCCAUUCUGAAAAAUCACCUUGAUCAAAAUCCACCAGCACAGUGGGGCUCAUCAGACCCUUCCAGAACAAGCAAAGAUCCCAUAGAAGACAUCAACUCUCCAGAACACAUACAGCGCCGGCUGUCCUUGCAGCUGCCCAUCCUUCAUCACGCCUACCUGCCGUCCAUAGGAGGAGUUGAUGCCAGCUGUGCCAGCCCGUGUGUAAGCCCCAGUGCCAGCCCUCGGCACAGACACGUGCCACCCUCCUUCCGAGUGAUGGUUUCAGGGCUGUAGGAGGGGGAGAUCAGUGCUUCCUGAACUGCUUUUAAGUACUCAAUGACUGGACUAAACAUCUGACCUUGAACUCUGCUACAAACAUGUUACAUUGGCUCUUACUGCAGAGGAACUUCUGCUGAGGCCCUCGUCACAGGAGUGCCCACGUAACUCGUGUGAAAAAGCAAAGGAGGACACAAAGAGUUUGAUCUGUAGCCUUAUUCAUGGAGUUUUUAUUUCUUCACCUAGAAGUCACUGAAAAAUGUUUCUUCCAAAAUUUCUACUAGCAACAAGGAGGCUGGGAUAUAUGGAUCUUGCAAAAAAGACACUAGGAAAAAAAACAAAAACAAAAACCACUCAAAUGUCACAGAGCUUUACGUGGCUGCUGAGAACAUGCAAUUCUAUACUGUAUCCAUGUAAGGAAAAUGUAGUGGUCGAGUUAUACCAUGUUGGAAUAGAUACACUCAUUUUUACAAGAGUUGUGUUAAAUUGCUGGAAACAUUCUGCACUGGUUAGUCUUGCUUUUUUUUCAUUUCAGGGGCGAUGUUUAGUAGGAAAGAUGAAUUGUGAGAAAUGAUUCCUCGGGUGCCAUUGAGACUCUGCAGUGCUGUGAGCAGGGUCACCUUUACCUUGCAGCUGUACAUGUAACCCAAGCAGAGCCUGAAGCUCCAGCUCUGAGUUGCCACCAGCUGGAGAGCUGCUGAUUGCAGGCAGAGCACUUCACCCUUCUCCAGGGCAGUGGUAGUGACUGCUGACCAUCUGCAGCUUCGCUUUUAGCAAAGUUUCUGCACCUAUUUCAGGAUAA